AUGGAGUCGAGUUUUUGCUUGAAAAUUGGCAGGGAAAGGAUCAAAGAGUGUGAAUUACGGCCACCGCCCCCAAAGUUGUUUUCUGUUAAAAACGACACCUCAACCACACAUUCUCUCUCUCUCUCUCUCUCUCUCUGUUUUCCUUCUUCUCCACCUUUCCCUUCCCAAACAGAGCAUUUACAGAUCCCUUCUUCAAUUUCUGCCACUUCAAACUGAAAAAAAGAAGAAAAAAAAAGCACACAAAGAUUAGCUGAUCCAACUAACUAUGGGUUCUGUUGGGAUCCCCAAAUCUCUGCCGCCAUAUGUUUACUACAGUACCAGCGGCGGCGGAGACUGCUCGGAAAUGAUCUGCACCAGAAAUUGUCUCCGGUGGUGCAUCAAUCUCUUCCCUCCCCCGCCCUCCGACGACGACGACUCCGGCCCCAAUUUCUCCCCCCUCAUCAUCGUCAUCAUCACCGUUCUCGCCAGCGCCCUCUUCUUCGUCACCUUCUACACCGUCUGCACGAGCUGCGCCAGGCGGCGGCGCCGGAGACGGCUACGAGACGUCGAGGCCGCGGACCGCCGCGAGACUCCGCCGGCGAACGGUGUGGCGGAAAUCGUUAAGAGGGAAAGCCGGGUGUUCAAGUACAAGAAAGUCGGCGGCGGCGGAGGAGCGGUGGAAGUCCAAGACACGGAGUGCCCGGUUUGCCUAGCGGAGUUCGAGGAAGAGGAGAGUCUUAGGUUGUUGCCCAAGUGCAGCCAUGUUUUUCACCUCGUUUGUAUUGACACUUGGGUCAAAUCUCAGCCCAACUGCCCGAUUUGUCGCGCCAGCGUCGUUCUAAAUGAUACUCCUCCGGCGCCGGCGCCGGCUCCGGCGCCUGCUCCGGCACUUCCGGAGUCCAUCUCAAGAUGAAACAGAGAUCAUUUACGCACGAUGUGAAAAAAAGGAUUGCUAAGAAAUACUGUAGUAAUUA